CCCACACCGACACCGCACGCCGACAAAGUUUCACGUUGUCCACCGCGUCGAGUUUACCGCGCCGGCAUCGCGACACGCGCCCGGUAAAAAUCGGCCCGAUCUCCGUUGACCGGUGUAACAGCGGUUUUUCUUUUACCAUAUCAUUCGGUUUUUCUCUCGGGACAGAAAAUAUAAAAAUCGCACGACAACGAGAAGUAAACCGUUCCGUUAAGAAUACGGUAACAGCAGUCGUGUCGCGUACCUGCACGCGCCGGGACGUAACGCGAAACGAGUACACACUACGUGAACAUAGUUUUCCGUCGCGUUCAACUUCUUUUUCGAGUUCCACUCCGGAAAUCGGAAACGCACCAAAACGUUAGCGCGGCGCGAUAAGUUUUUGAGUCGCAGAACCGUUUAAAGAUGGAAGAAACCAAACAGUUCACGGUGAAACAAAGCCAAUCGGGAGACGAUUCCGGUUAUUCGUGCACGUCGUUACAAUCGAAAUACAGUGUAAAAUUAUGUCACAGCCAAAGUGCAUCUAGUGGAGACAGUUGUUUUGACGAAAGAAGAUUAACUACAUCGGAAUCUGCUGAAAAAGGUAAACUGUCUACUUUAAAUACAUCUAAUGAAACACAAAACCAAACAACAUUAAGAUAUGUGUCUGGUUUGGAAACUACAACUAAUCAAGAAUCAAAUGAUGAUAAUUUAAAAUCCGAACAAAUGAUUUUAACAAAAUUUGAACCUCAAAGUGGUCAAUUAUUUAGCACAGAUGAUCUGACAGAUUUACCGUCAACAUCAAAAGUUGAAUUUGAUAAGCCUAAGCAUUUAAAGGAAGACACUAAAAGUAAUCGUGAACAGAAUAGUACAACUUUUCUUCAUUUAGCUAAUUUAUGUCAAUCAUAUCAUGAUCAUAAAAACCAGAAAACUGAAAAUUCAAACGGUAAUCAUAGAUUUACCAUUAAAGAUACAAUUCUGAAAGAAGUAAAUAAUCAAGAAAUGUUAUUAAAAGAAAUUAUCGAGUCAAAUGAAGUUCAUGACGAUUUGUUUGGUGUUAUUGUUUCCAUGAACGAUGGACUUAUCAUCAACACGUCCAAUAGUAUUCAAAAAAAUAUGGGCUACCCAAAAGAUAUGUAUCAAGGACGUUCAUUUGUUGAUCUUAUUCAUCCUAAUGAUCGCAUAUCAUUUAUAAGUUAUGUGACAUCUGUUCUAACAGACCCUUACACGGUUUCCAAACAAGAUGGUACAUCCUCAGUGACAUUUCUGAAAUCUAAGAAUAAUGAUGGAUUCUACUGUAACAUGCAGAGGAAUAAAGGUUUAAAUUCUGGAUAUCCAAUAACACAAAGAAAAAAUCAAUAUCAAGUCUGUAAACUUACAACGACAUUUAAAGAUUUGUCAUAUGUAUCUGCAUCAUCAUCACAUUUAGUGAAUGAAAUAAAAAUUUCACGAUCUCAAUUAAUUCUCAUCGUUAACGCACAGCUUGUUCACUCUGCAUACACAUAUCCUGAGGAAAGACCAGAAAGCCCUGUCAAUUUUAUCACUAAACAUAAUGCAUUAUUUGAAUGGUGCUAUGUUGAUCAUUUAAUAAUCUCACAUUUUGGUUAUCUACCACAAAAUAUUAUCGGUAGAUCAAUAUUUAGCUAUUUCAAACAUGAAGAUAUAACAAUGAUUAGAGAAGUUCACGAAAACAUGAUAAGGGAUAAAAGUAUUUCAUAUAUAGGAAAACCUUACCGGUUUAAAUGUCAAAAUGGCGAUUUUGCCUUAGUACAGACGGAAUGGUCAAAUUUUGUUAACCCUUGGUCUGAUAGAACAGAGUUUUUCAUUGGAAAGCACAAAGUUAUCCAGGGCCCUAUUAAUCCUGAUGUAACAUUUCCUGUCGAUGAUGUUACACCUGGAGAAAAAAUAACUAAUGAAAAUAAAACUAUUAACAUAUUUGACGAUUGUAAAAAAGUACUAAACAAGAAUAAUUACGAAGCAAACGAAGCUUCCCACUGGAUAAAUGAAAUGACAAAAUUAAAUAACAAUAUAAAGAAGCAAACGUCGAAAAAAAAUCAAAAGAUGGGAUUAUGUACGAACUGCUUGGUAAAAAAAAUGGACGCAUCGAUUCAAUUUCCUUUUAAAGUCGAAGUUCAACCUAAAACAUGUGAUAGUUUUUCUGACCAUGGUUCAGUGAUGUUAGGUGAAAUAUCUCCACAUCACAACUAUGAAAAUAAAUCUAGCUCAGAAACACCACCGAGUUAUACUCAACUUAAUUAUAACAACAAUAUCCAAAGAUUUUUUAAUAGCAAUCUAAAAACGAAUUCAGUUGAAGAUUUGACCGAUCAAAGUUAUCUUAAAGAAGCCUCAAGGGAUAUCGAUACUCUUUUCGACGUUGAUAUGGAGAAUAGUCAGUCGGAUACAUUACUUCAAAAUUUAACACCAAGUUCAAAUAUUUAUAUCAAUAAUUUUUCUGUAAGUUAUUCAGAACAAAAUUCAAGUAAAAGUAGUCAACAACCGCUUACUCAAAAAAUAUUAUUACAACACAAUAAAAUAAUGGAGGACGAUCUUGUCAAACAACACAAAAGUAAUACGAAAAAAAAUAAAUAUAGUGGAGUACAAAAACAAAAUGUUCCCGAAGAAACUAAAAUGAUUAACAAUAUUAUUCAUGGUGUUAAACGUAGCAACUCGAGUGCAUACGAAAGUGACACAUAUAAGCUCACCAAAAAGAAACACCUUAAAAACAGCAAUUCUACUGUUGUCACGCAAGCACAAGACAACGCAAACAAUAUUGUAGCGGCUACGCAUACUGUGGCUAGAGCAACGCAGAUUUGGCCACCUUCUCAAAUUACACGAGAUUCUCAGACAACGGUUGAUUUAUCCAGACUAAUGCCAGAUUUAACAGAUCAAGUACAUUACUAUAGUUCAUCCAUUGGUAAUAAUGUUAUUUCUACGAAAGUCAAUGAGUUUGAAGGUACAUAUGCUACAAAGAAUCCGUGUGAACAAAAUCAAGAUCCGAUAACAAACCUGUUUCAAUCGUUAUCUAUACCAUUGUAUGCAACAGUGCCUAUGAUAAACCAUAUUCCUCAAAAUUCCCAAAUCUUACAACCAUAUUUUUACUAUCAAAACCAGUUACUUUUACAACAACCAACCCAGAGUAUUCAAUUUGAACAAACGGUUAAUCCACAGAGCGAACUUCAAGUUCCUGCUGCACCAAAUGUACAUUCAGUAUUCUACCAGAAAACGACAGAGUCACAAGCUUUCCAAGUAAAUCAAGAAGAAAUCAUAACAAGUUCGGAUUCAGAAUUUAAAAGAGAAUUUGGCAGUUUCAAAUCUAGUAAUGGACGGUUGUACUCGUAUGAAGACAGUAGUUUUUAUUCUUUAAGUUUGCGCGACAAAACCGAUAGUAGUGAUCGUGAAGAUUGGCCAUCUGAAUUUAAUAAAAGCAAAUUUACCGAUCAGUUUAUUAAAAGGCAACCAUUCUGGAUGGAAAACAUUGAAUCAAACCCAGAUUUAAUAUUCCGGUAUCAAAUAGAACUAGAAGAUGUAAACAAAAUAUUGCAAAGAGACAUGGAAGCGUUAAAAACAUUCACUCAACCUUCAUUAGUGAAAGAGCAGUUUAGACAAUUAUGCGCUGAAAUGGAUGACUAUGAUGAUUCUAAAAUUAAUUUUGAAGAUGGUUCAACAUUAAGCAGCGAAGACGACGAAUGGGUCAAUCAGUUGGAGCAUCGAGAACGACCGUGAUUUAUAAGAAAAAUACUCCAUUGUCAUCAUCGUCAACAGACUCGCCUCAUGAAAU